ACUUCCGGCUGCGCCGUCUCGCGGCCCGCCGAGCGGUCUCCCCGCGCCCGGAGCGGCUGUGACUCACGGUUUAACGUGUGGCCCUAAGGAACCAGAAACCCAAAAGAACCAAAACUCCUGCUCCACAAAGCCUGCCCUAGAGAAGCCAUUUCUGGAGUCUGUAUGAUGACCAAGGUGGUGGGCAUGGCCACAGUUCUGGGCCCCAGGCCCCCUCAGGAUCAGGUGGGGCCUGUAACUGUGAAAGUCGAGGAUGAAGAAGAGAAAGGGAAGUGCCUUCCCAGCCUGGAGAUGUUCCGUCAACGCUUUAGGCAGUUUGGGUACCAUGACACCCCUGGGCCCCGGGAGGCCCUGAGCCAGCUCCGGGUGCUCUGCUGUGAGUGGCUGAGGCCGGAGAUCCAUACCAAGGAGCAGAUCCUGGAGUUGCUGGUGCUGGAGCAGUUCCUGACCAUCCUGCCCCAAGAACUUCAGGCCUGGGUGCAGGACCAUUGCCCAGAGAGUGCCGAAGAGGCCGUCACUCUCCUGGAAGAUCUGGAGCGAGAACUGGAUGAACCAGCACUGCAGGUUUCAACUCCAAAUGAACAGAAACAAGUGUGGGAGAAGACAUCAUCUUCAGGAAGUGCCAAGGCAUCCCUGAGCAGCAUGCAGACACAGUCUGUGGAGACCAGUCCCAAGUAUGAAUCCUGGGGGCCUCUGUAUAUCCAAGAGACUGGUGAGGAGCAGGAUUACACUCAGGAUCCAAGAAAAAGUCAAGACUAUAAACUGGAUCCCCAUAAUGAGGAAUCAGCAGAUGAGCAGAAAAGUUCUGAAGAAGAGUCUCAUGCAGAUGGACUCAAAGGGGAUAUCAUUCCUGUGAUUGUUGCCAAUAAGUGUGGGGCCAGGUCAGAAAGGCAGUGGGGGAACCUUGGAAAGGAAAGAGGAGCAAAAACCCCUCUUCAAGACACAGGUUCCAAGAAAGGGGCAGAAUCAGUACACACUAAACCCACCCCAGGAGAGAGGCGUUACAUAUGUGCCGAGUGUGGGAAAGCCUUUAGUAAUAGCUCGAAUCUUACCAAACACCGGAGAACGCACACUGGGGAGAAACCUUAUGUGUGCACCAAGUGUGGGAAGGCUUUCAGCCAUAGCUCAAACCUUACCCUCCAUUACAGAACACACCUGGUGGAGCGGCCCUAUGACUGUAAGUGUGGGAAAGCCUUUGGGCAGAGCUCAGACCUCCUUAAGCAUCAGAGAAUGCACACGGAAGAGGCGCCCUAUCAGUGUAAAGAUUGUGGAAAGGCUUUCAGUGGUAAAGGCAGCCUCAUUCGACACUAUCGCAUCCACACUGGGGAGAAGCCCUAUCAGUGUAAUGAGUGUGGAAAGAGCUUUAGCCAGCACGCAGGUCUCAGUUCACAUCAGCGCCUCCACACCGGAGAGAAGCCCUAUAAAUGUAAGGAGUGUGGGAAAGCCUUCAACCACAGCUCAAAUUUUAAUAAACAUCAUAGAAUCCACACUGGGGAAAAGCCCUAUUGGUGUAAUCAUUGUGGAAAAACCUUCUGUAGCAAGUCAAAUCUUUCCAAACAUCAAAGAGUCCACACUGGAGAGGGAGAAGUACUAUAAUUGUCAAGUAUCCCUCUUUCAUUAUUGUUUUCGUAAACUUUGGAACGUAAAUGGUAGGGAGAAGCCCGUGAUGCAGUAAACUCUAUUGAUAGAUUUUGUUCCACCCACCAUCAGGGAUGCCUGUGGAGUGACAGCUCCACAGCACUCAAAGGCAGGAGGUCCCCUCCCCAUACUUCAGGACCCAGCAAACCAUGCCAGCAUUGCCUUCUGCAUAAACUGAUGUAUAUCCAGUAUAAUUAAGAAAUAUUAAAACUGUUUAACCUUUCAAUGUAUAUUCCAGAGUUAUAACUUGUGAAGAAUUGAUAACACUGAACACAGUUUGAUUGAAUUCAGAAUAAACAUGUAACAUCAUA